ACAGAAACUAAAAAAAUAUCUGCUGUAUCUGAGUACUUUGAAACCGUGCCAUAUAGAUUGAAUGAAAAAACUGGUAUCAUAGAUUAUGAUGCUCUAGAAGCCACUGCUACGUUAUAUCGUCCAAAACUUAUAAUUGCUGGGGCCAGCGCUUAUCCAAGAAAUUAUGACUAUGCACGAAUGAAAAAAAUUACAGAAAAAAUAAAUGCUUAUUUGAUGGCUGAUAUUGCUCAUAUAAGCGGUAUGAUAUCAGCUGGUGUACUGCCUUCACCUUUUGAAUAUGCUGAUAUU